UAUAGAAACCUUUCAUUGGAGAGACAUUGUUUCUUCAGCGAUCUCGCUUACAAGAAGUACGUGCAGCGAUUUAGACGUACGGGUUAUUAACUUCUCGCGGAGUUGUCGAGGCUGCCAUUUCCGAAGGGCUCGAGGUCUCCAAUCCCCCCAGACCAAACACACAGAUAGGAGAGAGAUCGUAGAGAGAGCGAGAGAAUUUGUAGCAGGGCAUCGAUACUUCUCUGCGAGUAAACAUUAUGCUGGAAGCCCCAUUUAGAGAGAGAGAGUGUGUGUCCUGCGAGUUCUCCAUUGAUAGAAGUUUAAGCUGCUGAAUAUGGAAAUGAAGCCUUCUUCCUCUUCCUCCAAAUUAAUCCACCAAGCCCCGUUGUUCACCCUCAUCUCACUGUCAUGCUUCACUCUCUGCACCUGAAAACGCAGAACAAAGAAAAAUAAUGGCUGCUUUCAAUUCCCCUUCAUCCUCAUUGAGCUGUUUUAUGGGCAAGUUUUAUGGCUGGCAAAUGUUUCUCAUGGUUGGGGCAAUUGUGAUUGGUGCAUUACUUCGGAAGAGGCAAUGGGAGAUUAUUACAAGUGAAUCUCUAAGGGCAGGCGGCUCUGAUUUAAAUUUGGUUAAGAGAAUUGAGAAGUUAGAGGAGGAUGUUCGGAGCUGUGGUACAUUCAUACGGAUGCUUUCUAGGCAGCUUGAGAAACUGGGGAUCAGAUUUAGAGUUACAAGAAAGGCAUUGAAGGAUCCCAUAUCCGAGACAGCAGCGUUGGCUCAAAAGAACUCGGAAGCCACUCGGGCUCUCGCAAUGCAAGAAGACAUUCUUGAAAAGGAGCUUGGAGAAAUUCAGAAGGUCUUGCUGGCAAUGCAGGAACAACAGCAGAAGCAGCUAGAACUUAUUCUUGCAAUUGGGAAAGCCCGAAGGCUACAAGAAAGCCAACAGGACUUUGUUGUCAAGGAAUCAGGUGGAGACAAAAGCAACUCAGCUCCUUCUGAGAAAACUGUGAUUGAGCAGAUGGAAACCCCUGUGUAAUGUCAAGGAUCAGUGAACAGGGCAUCUUAUCUCGUCGUAAAUAGCCAGCUCUAGGAAUUGGUCCAAUUUCCGAAGGAGGUUCCCUCUUACUGGGUAGUAUUCAUCAUGAUAGUCUGUGGAAGUUUUGGAAGCAAUUUGUUGAAUUUGAGCUACAAACGUAAUUUGCCAUGCCAGAAACCAUGUGUGUAAUGUGUUGUGAGGUAAAGAUAGAGUUAGAUUUUUCAGUUGAUUGGCCUAAAUUAUUAUCUUUCAGAGGCUCCAGUAUCACCAUCACCUUCUAUUCGGAAUAAGUAAAAUUUAUUCACUCUA